GGGGAGGAGGCACAGACGGAGGGGGGCGGGGGCCGGUCUCAGAAGAUGGCGGAGGCGGGGGAUUCCUGAUAGGUCCUAUUGUAGGAUGAGAUGUGGUACUGUUGAAACGCCAGUCAAUCUACUUUGGUUCUACAGACAAUUCUACAGGCUUUUCAGCUGGGAAGCUUUUUUUUUUUUUUUUUUGGUGCCUGUUUACUGAACUUAUGAAACCAUGGCAGAAGGAGAGACAGAAUCAUCUGGGCCUAAAAAGCGUGGCCCCUAUAUCUCAUCCAUCACUAGCCGAAGUGUGAACUUGAUGAUUCGAGGAGUAGUGCUGUUUUUUAUUGGAGUAUUUCUUGCAUUAGUGUUAAAUUUGCUUCAGAUUCAAAGAAAUGUGACUCUCUUCCCACCUGAUGUGAUUGCAAGCAUCUUUUCUUCAGCAUGGUGGGUACCACCGUGUUGUGGCACAGCUUCAGCUGUGAUUGGGUUAUUAUACCCCUGCAUUGACAGGCAUCUAGGAGAGCCACAUAAAUUUAAAAGAGAGUGGUCCAGUGUAAUGCGGUGCGUAGCCGUCUUUGUUGGUAUAAAUCACGCCAGCGCUAAAGUGGAUUUUGAUAACAACAUACAGUUGUCUCUCACCCUGGCUGCACUCUCCAUUGGACUGUGGUGGACUUUUGAUAGAUCUAGAAGUGGGUUUGGCCUUGGAGUAGGAAUUGCUUUCCUGGCAACAUUGAUCACUCAACUGCUAGUCUAUAAUGGUGUUUACCAAUAUACAUCUCCAGAUUUUCUCUAUGUUCGCUCCUGGUUACCAUGCAUAUUUUUUGCUGGAGGCAUAACAAUGGGAAACAUUGGUCGACAACUGGCAAUGUAUGAAUGUAAAGUUAUCGCAGAAAAAUCUCAUCAAGAAUGAAGAAGGCAAAAAUGUAUCAUUUGUACAGAAAAGGAAGAUGAGAAGGGUAUGCAAAUGAUAGCUAUGCCAACAAACGAUGGACUGUAAAAUUGCCAGAAUGCAUUUUUCCCUUGAUGGGUACGCAUACACAUACACACACACACGCACGCACACACACACACACACACACAUACAUUACUGCAAUCUGUGAUUGCUUUGUCUGUAAAUCAGUAGCAAAUCUUUAUGUACUUGACCUAAAUAACUGUAAAAUAUAUAUGCACUACAUUAAAAAACAUGUUGAUUAAUAGAUGAAAUUUUUUAAUUGAUUUUUUUAAACAUACCAUAUAUUGUAUCACAAUGUUGAUGUGCCAAAAUAUUCUUUUAUUGUCAUGUGGAGUAUAAGAAUGCUUUGAACAGUUUAUAACUUAGUGAAAUAAGAGGAAAGCCAAAAAAAAAAA